AUGGCUCACCAGGAGUCAAUGAUGGGAGAUGAUGUAAAACUCAAAGGCAGAAGAAGCCCCACGUUCCUGCGUCCCAACAUGUCGGAGCUGAGGGUUGUUGUGCUGGGAAACAGCUGCUCCGAGAGGAGUUUGGUGUGGAACUUAAUACUAGGAAAGACUGAGGUCACAAAUGAAGAACAACACAGUAGUCUCAGAGCCAGUGGAUUUUUGGAGGAGAAAGAAAUAGUUCUCAUUAACACCCCAGAUCUGCCACUUCCCAACAUCUCUAAAGACAAACUAAGAAAAUAUGUAGAGAACUGUGUGAGUCUCUCUGCUCCUGGACCUCAUGUGUUCCUGCUGGUUCUACAGCCUGAAGACUUCACUGAGGAACACAAACUGAGGCUCUGCAGAGUCCUGCAACUCUUCAGUGAUCAAUCAUUUGAUCAUUCACUGCUGCUAAUAUCAACACCCACAGAGGAGAGGUCAGGCUUCAUGGAACAAUACAUGCAGCAUCCACCCUUAAAAGACAUGAUCAGAAAAUGUAAAUACAGGUUUUUGUGGCAGAAGAACCUUGAACUUGACGAGCUCUUAACACGCUUCAGCCAAAUUGUGAAAGAGAACAACGGAGAUCAUGUGAUCUGUGAUUUAUUUCAGCUCACAAAGUCCUUUUUACCUCUUGAUCAUGAAAGCCUGAAAAAUCAGGAAAAAUCUUCUGAUUUGGACCCUGUUAAACCUCCUGCACAUGAACUCAGGAUUGUGUUGUUGGGGAAAAGUGAGGAUUCAAAGGCAGCACUCUGCAGAUUGAUCAUUGGAAACCAAGAUGCACAGAAACAUAACCCAGUCAAACACUGUGUUGCCUCCUGUGGAGAGUGGAGAGGAAAACCAUUAACAGUGGUGAAAGCUCCAGACAUGUUCAGUCUGUCUGUGGAGACACUGAUAGAAGAGGUGAAGAAGUGUGAAACUCUUUGUUCUCCUGGACCAAAUGUUCUGCUGCUGUUAGUGAAACCUUCUGAUUUCACUGAGGAGAACAGACGAACACUGAAGUUCAUCCUGAGUCUGUUUGGUCCAGAUGCUUUUAAACACUCGAUGGUCGUCAGCACACAUGAGGGGAUUGAAGUGAGUUUCACGUUCAAUCAGCUGCUUAAAAAGUGUGAAGAGCGUCACUACAAAAUGUUUAAAAAUGACCGCAGGCUGUUAAUGCAGAAGAUUGAGAACAUUGUGCAUAGAAACAAAGAAACCUUCCUCACUUUCCAAGAGACCAGGAGACCAAAGUCUGAACACAUGAAACCAGCUUUAAACCUGGUUCUGUGUGGGAGGAGAGGAGCAGGGAAGACUUCAGCAGCCGAGGCCAUUUUAGGUCAGACAGAGCUUCAUUCAGUCUCCAGCUCAUCAGAGUGUGUUAAACAUCAGGGAGAGGUGAGAGGACGUCAGGUUUCCCUGGUGGAGCUUCCUGCCUUGUAUGGAAAACCUCAGGAGGAAGUGAUGGAGGAAUCACUCAGGUGUAUCUCCCUCUGUGAUCCUGAGGGCGUCCAUGCCUUCAUCCUGGUCCUACCUGUGGGUCCCCUCACUGAUGAAGACAAGGGAGAGUUAAAGACCAUCCAGAACUCAUUCAGCUCUGGAGUCAAUGACUUCACCAUGAUUCUGUUCAUUGUGGAAGACAUCCAGGAGCUGCUUCAGAGCUGUGGAGGAAGAUCUGUUGUUGUCAACGUCAAGAACAAACAGCAGAUCUCUGAGAUGUUGGAGGCUGUGGAGACAAUGAGAUGCAUCAACAAACCAUGCUGCUACACAACAGAAACAUUUGCACAUGCCCAAAUAGAGAAGAUCAUACAGCAAGAGAAAUGCAUCAACAUGCAACAAGCUGAACUUCAGACACUGAGAAAGAGCAAGAUCACCUAUGGUGAUGAGACUCAGAGUCCAGAGUGUCUCAGGAUCGUGCUGAUAGGAAAGACUGGCAGUGGAAAGAGCUCUACAGGAAACACCAUUCUGGGAAGAAAAGAUUUUAAAGCUGAAUCAAGUCAAAUAUCAGUCACUAAGUUUUGUCAGAAAGCACAGAGUGAAGUGGACGGUCGUCCUGUUGUUGUGCUCGACACUCCUGGUCUGUUUGACACGACCUUGUCUCAUGAACAGGUUAAUGAGGAGAUGGUGAAGUGCAUCAGUCUUCUGGCUCCAGGACCACAUGUCUUCCUGUUGGUGUUACAGAUCGGACGACUCACACAAGAGGAGAAGGAGACGCUGAAACUCAUUAAGAAAGGCUUCGGGAAGAAUUCAGAAGAUUUCACCAUCAUUAUAUUCACCAGAGGAGAAGAACUGGACGAUCAGUCAUUUUCAUUUGAGAGUUAUAUUAAAGAUUGUGACGACUUUGUCAAACAGCUAAUAAACGACUGUGGAGGAAGAUAUCAGGUCUUUAAUAACAAAGAUGAAACAAACCGCACACAAGUCCAGGAGCUACUGACCAAGAUCGAAACCAUGGUGAAGCAAAAUGGUGGCAGCUGCUUCACUGCUGAGAUGUUUGAUGACACAGAGAAAUCCACAAAAAUACAAGUGGAGAGGAUGAGGAAAGAGAAGGAAGAAGAGAUGAAGGAGAUGAAGAGAAAACAUGAGGAAGAAUUGAAAACACUGAGAGGAGAAAUUGAACAGGAGAAAGAACUAAGAGCAAAACAGCUGAAGGACAAAGACAAACACAUCAACAAAGAGCGUGAGGAGAGAAAGAAAGAACGAGAGGAAGAUGAAAAGAGAUGGAAAAAACAACAAGAAACUCUACAACAGGAGUGGAGCGGAAAACUGGAAGCUUCAGUUCAGUCAGAAAGAGAGCAAAAGGAAACUGCUGAGAGGAAUCUGGAGCAGAGUAGAAAAGAGAUGAAGAGAGAUCGAGAGGCCUGGGAUAAGGAAAAAAAGGACAUGGUGGAACGAAUGCAGAACCUAAAACAGGAGGAAGAGAAAACAAGACUCAGAGAGGAGUGCCAUCAUGAUGAUGACGUCGAUUCCCAGGAGAGCAGCAGCAGCCCUGACUUGUCUGAGCUGAGGGUUGUUCUGCUGGGGAACAGCUGGUCUGAGAGGAGUUCAGUGGGGAACUUCAUACUGGGAGAGACUGUGUUCAUCACUGAGGAAGAACCAGACCGCUGUCUGAGAUUCAGUGGACAGUUGAAGGAGAAACAAAUAGUUCUCAUCAACACCCCAGAUCUGCUUCAUCCCAACAUCUCUGAACACAAACUGACAGAACAUGUGGAGGACUGUAGGGAAGAGUUCAGGUUCCAUUGA